CAUCUUGAAGAAAAGUUAGAACGAAGGCCCGGGCCGGUGAAAAUUUCCGAUAAAUCUGUUCGUUUGCUUGUAAGUGGCGUGUUUCGGUGUUUGGGGCAUCGUUAAAUAGUGAAUUGCAUGCUGGGCAGUGGAAUUUCGCCGGAGGAAAAGUGAUAAACAGGGUGACUAAUUGAAAAGCAAAACCCAGACCGGAGAGCAGUUUGUGGAUAAGUAAAGCAAAGAGGGAGAACACACAAAAACUCACAAAUGAUGGAUAUGUCAGGCCCUCCGAGGGGUGCCUACCGGGGACGUGGUGGGCCUCCGCGCGGCGGUUACAGUGACCGCGGCAAUUCUCCCUUUUCCUUCAGAGGACGUUCGCGUGGUGGCGGUCCACCGGGGAUGGGUGGUCCGCGCGGCAUGGGCAUGGGUGGUGGAGGACCACCGAUGAUGCGCGGGGGUGGUGGAGGCCGUGGGGGCAUGAUGCGAGGUGGUGGCCCCGGAAUGGGCCGUGGUAUGGGCGGACCGAUGCGCGGGGGCGGUGGACCUCCGAUGUCCCGCGUUAAUCCGUACGGUGGCCGACCCAUGGGUGGUAGUGGCCGCUCUGGCGGAUACGGUGGCGGACCACCGGCCUCGAUUGCAAAUGGCUCGGGUGGAGGUCCACCGGCUGCGAUUGCCGCGGCCGAGAAUGGCGGUGGUGACGCAGGAGGUGUUAAGGGAGGCCCGGAGGCGAAUGGUGCUGCAGCGAAACCCGUCUCCACCACCGGUGGACCAGCGGGAGGACAAAGUGGUGCGAACAGUGGUGCAGGAGCUUCGAAUGCCACAGCCGGUGGCGGCGGCUCGGGUCAAUCCGGUGCAACCGGAGCGAGCGCAGCCGAAUCCGAACACAUGUCACCGAAACAAACAAUCAAGACGGCUGAUUCCAGUAGCCUAGCAACGGUUGCCCCGCAAGAGUCGUCCAUACAAUCGACACACUCCUCGUCCGCUCCGUACUACUCGUCUCGUGGUAUGGGUCGGGGCCGUGGCGGUAGCGGAUUCAUGUCCCGUGGUAUGGGCCGCGGUCGUGGAGGGUAUGGAGGUGGGGGCGGCGGUGGUAAUAUUGGUGGUGGAAAUGGAGGUUGCGGUGACUAUGGAGGUCCAAGACCGUUCCGUGGCGGCAUGGGUGGUCGUGGACGGGGUGGCAGUGGCUACGGGGGCGGUGGUAAUGGAGGCGGCGGUUAUGGCGGUGGUUAUGGUGGUCAUGGUGGUCCAAACGGCGGUGCUGGAGGGUAUGGUGGCGUUGGUGGCGGAAUGGGUGGAGGAGGUGGUGGAAUGGGUUGUGUUGGAGGUGGAAUGGGCGGUAAUGGGGGUGGUAUGGGUGCUGGUGGCGCUGGUGGCGGAUAUGGUGGAGCUCCACCCGCUUCCUACAACCCCAUGGGAGGGUACGGACAAAAUAAUGGUGGCGGAGGCCCCGUAGGCGGUCAAGGAGGAGGAGGCUACGGUCAAGGGCCGCCACCACCUCGACAGUUUGAUAACCGGCAGGGUGGAAACCCAUCGGCUGUACCGCCCAUCAAGCGUGGCGGAAUGGGACCGGGAGCCGGUGGACCACCGGGAUCGAAGCGUGGCCGCUAUGACGCUGGACCGCCGAGCCGUGGCGCUUUGCCCCCGAAAGCGAUGCCACCGCACCAUGGAUCUGCCGCACCGCCAGUCCCCGCUUACAGUGCUCCUCCACAACCGAUGGCCAACCACGGUGGCUACAGUGAUCCGAAUGCGCAUGCGCCACCACCCCAAAUGGAGCAUCAGUAUCAGCACCCGACACCGGCUGCCAAUACGAGCGGUUACGGCAGUGCAGCUGCCCCUCAGUCGGGCUACGCCACCAAUGGCUAUGGUCAGGGCUCGUACGGUACGACAACAAUGGCCAGCACGGGUUACGCGACCACCGGGAAUGAAUACGACACGAGCCACUACGACUACAGCAACUCUACGGCUUACGAUACGCGCUAUCAAUCGUAUCCCACACAGGACUACAGCCAGGCAUACGGUACGACCACCGAUUACAGUGCGGUAUCGACCGACACGUACGCUACCCAGCAGUACGAUGAUCGCUCGACCGCCUACAGUGGCUACGACACGCAAGCGUAUUCGCAGGGCUACGCAAAAACUGAUCAGUACGCUCACAGCGCUUACUAUUAAACGUCUAGCCGGCAAAAGGCAAGGGGCCGAAUGGGUCCAAAUCCAAAGUAAUCCCAAUACUAGUGCACAGUGAUUGAGGAGGAAGUGGAGGAAGAGAAGAGCGCGUAGAAGAUGGAACGGUGAAUGAACCAACGAGAGUCAGCAUAAUCUAGUGCAACAGUGGGGUCAAUAUAUCUUAUAUCUUAUGCUGCCGGGCAAAACAACAAAACCAUGGCAUUGCACAGGCGCCAUCACCAACUCUCUCCUCCAUUCCACCGUUAAACUGAAAGGCUCUCUCAACGGAUCUUCGCAAAAUCAGAAACAAAAUGGAAUCCUGGAUCAGAAAUCGAGAGAAAGCUGAAGUGAAAGAGAGAUCGGGUUAUCCGACAAAUGAAAAAUUAAAGUGAUGACGAUUGGUGACCGAUCGAGAUCGGUUCAUUUUACAAAGUAUAAGACGCUAGUGGAAGAACAUUGAAACAAGAAGCAUCUUCAAGAGAUUCAACGGCGGUUAAGCAUAAGAAAAGGGAGCAUUGAAAUCAGUAGACACCAUUCACACUAACACUCGGUAAAGAGCGAGGAAAAUUACUGGAUUAAGUAGAUCCUGCGCAUCAUUAGGACUACGGAAUGUCCGUAGGGUGGUCAGCGAACAGUUGGGAGGAAUCCUUUGCAGAACGCGUCAGUACGGAAAGUUUUUCGUAGCGAUGAGUAGAUUAAGGUGUACGGAAGAAGAAAGCCAUUUCACGCAGCGUAAGAGUUAGGAAUAGGAUUAAGUUACAAACAUUCAACUACACACUACAGUGACAGCUCCAAUCGGAAUGCGGAUCGCGAAAGUAGUCGCCAUUACGUAUGCGCUACUAUAUUAAUUUUACAAAUAUAUAUUUUUUUAAGUUCCUUUGGUUGCAAUGCACAGAGAACAGCUUGCUUAUCAAGUUCCGUUCAUUAGCGAGCAAGCAGGCAGCAACCGGAAAAGUGGAUGCAAGUGUACAGUUUUUACCAAAUAAGAUGCAAAAGUGGAUUACGAAAAUUUUACAAUAGCUAGUGAUAGUAGGAAACCCGAUUAUGAUUAACUAUCGAGUGCGAUUUAGUUCGUUGGAUUUCUUGAGCACUGGAAACUAUUUUCCGAUUCAUUCAGUCAGUCAGUCAGUCAAAGUCAGUUCAGCCAGGAGCCAACCUUGCGAAGGUUUAGGCUGAGUGGUAUAUGGGUUUGUGUAGCGUUAAGAAACCUGAUCCAUGCAAAAAAUAGCAUACAGGCACUAUAAAAGGAUAGAGGAAUAAACAGCCAGUCUCCCUAGCGACAUUUAGAGAUCUAUGGCGCACAAUACACAAUUAAAAUUAGCUCGAUGGCUCGCGUACGAUGGCUGUAUGUGCAGAGCAACAGAAAUAAACUGCACUUGCAGAAUAGUGAAAAUGAAGGACAGCAAGCGCACUUCUCAAACAGUCAUAAGGAUACGUUCACGUAUAGUCUGAGGGUCACGGGAAAUAGCGGCACAUGUGCCUAUGAUGCGUCUACAUGCGUGUAUGCGUAAUGAGUGUGCUGUAAAGUAAAAACAAGAAACAUCAAGCAGUAAACUUAAAGAAGAUCUUUAACAAAAAGUAAUCCCGAAUAAAUUUGGUAACAACCCCAAGACACGCUAAUUGAGAGAAGGUGCACCAAAGAA